CCAACUGCCGAGCGGUUUAGCGCGAGGAGGCUCAUGGCGAGCCCGGCUCUGAGCGGCUCCGUGGAGCGUCUGAAGCGGCGCUACCUGCGCGGGGGGGCGAGGCCCGCGGGGGAUUGUCUUUCAGGUUCAUUGCAGACCAAAUGUAAAAAAGGAAACUCCUUGACAAACACAGGUAACUUGGACAGUUCAUCAGAUAAUACAAUUAUGCCUCUGUCCAUACAUUUUUCACAAUCAAGAAGUACCCAGAAUGGAAGAAAGCACUAUAGCAAACCUCUUAGUGACUUGUUCAAGAGUUUCAAAAACUUGGAUUGCUUUGAUGAUGAGCUGGAUUCGCUCUAUGAUUCAAGUCAGCUAGAACUAGAGGAAGAGGUCAUGAAUGUCUCUGCAACUGAUGCAGUUCCAAAUACAGUCACGUACACAUAUACAGAAACAGAUGUCACCCUACCAUCCAAUUUGGCUGCAAACACAGUAACAUUUAGUGACCAUGAUAUCAAUAGUGGUCUGGUUAGGAAGAUUGUGAGCAAGCCUGAAACUCAGGUACUGAGUGGUCAAAGAUUAAUACCAUCUCACAUCAACCAGAUUUAUGAUGAGCUAUAUGACAUACAUCAGAAACUGCAGCAAGAAAAUUCAGCACAGCAGGAGUAUGCUCUGCAACUUCAGAAACGAGAACAUUUUUUAGCUGAAAGAGAAGCAUUGCUUUUCAAACAUGAAGCUGCUUUGACUAAGAUAAGAGGUGUGGAAGAGGAAGUUCAUGCAAAAUUUCAAAUUAUAAAGGAGCAACACGAGGCAGAAGUUAAACAGCUGUCAGAAACCUUGAAAGAGAAGACUAAAGAAAGCAAGAGGCUCAAAUCAUCAUUUGACACCUUGAAGGAAAUGAAUGACUCUUUAAAAAAACAGAAAACCUCACUCUUCUUGAAGUUAAGUGAUGUAAGUGAGCAGAACAAGAAGAUGGAAGUUCAAGCAAGAAAAGUACAAGCACGUUUAGAGAAUUUACAAAGGAAGCAUGAAUUUUUAACAAUACAGAAAUCUAAAGAUGUUUCUCAAGCAAUGCAAGAAAUUAAAUCUGUGAAGCAGGAAAAAAUGACAGUAACAUCAAAAAUUUGUAAGGGACCACUUAAUUCACAUGUUUAUGAGCUUUUAACUGUUCUUAUGGACUGGAUCUCAGAUCAGUUCCUCAAAGUGAAAAUAGAGGAAGAAGGAAGAGACAAUCAAACAUUAACGUACACCCACAAAAAUUACACACAAGAAAAGUGUGCAAAGCUUUUACCUAUCGUUGCUGAACAACUCCAGUGGAUGCCAUUUGUGAACCCUAAACUACAUAUGCCUGUAAUUAAAUUUAUUUACUGGGCUAUAAGGCAGCUAAACUGUGGGACACAGCAUUCAACUAUGACAUCAACAAUGAGGAGGCUUGGUGAAGACAUAUUCAAAGGCAUAGGAACUAAGGGAAACCAACAUGGUUCUUCUGAGCAACCUGCUGAAAGUAAACCAAAGAUAGCAGCUUUCUUUAAGAGUUCCAUUUUACCUUUGAGAUUUGUAUCAACUUUAAUUGUACUCAAAACAGUAACACAAGGGUUAACAAAGGGAACCAAACACCUGACCAGAGGACGAAUCAGAAAACAAGAUUUUUCAAAUGUCAAGGGAGGGAAGUUUUUGGCUGAUUAUCUGGCUCAGGCAUUUGAUUCCCUUUGCGUGGACUUGAAGACAGAUGAAGGAAAGGCCUUGUUUUUAGAGUACCAAUCUGUGCCUGUUAUAUUAAGUCACUUAAGAAUAUCCAAUAGAGGUCUGCUUUCCAAUGCCAUUGAUGGUUUACUUCAGAUGACAAUGGAAUCUGGUUUUUUGCAGCCUUUCCUAGAAGCCUGCAGCAAUGAGUCCUUUUUCCGUACUUGUUCUGUGUUGCUUCGAAAUCCUAAACUCGAUCUACUGAUAGUGGAAAAACUCAGCAUUAUAUUGCAAAAACUCUCCAGAAUCAAAAGUAAUAAGAAGAUGUUUGAAUUGUUUACUAUUCAUCUAAUGAUCCAAGAGCUGCAGAGGACAACACAUCCAAAUCAUGCUUUUCUCUGUAUUAACCUCAAUUCAAUUCUUUUCAAUUUGGGCUUAACAAGGACCAACUCUCUUAUCUCCAGUCUAAGCACAAGUCACUAACGAACUGUAUUUUAUUAUGGUUUAUGUUCUGUAUAAUUUGUACAAACAAGAUUAUAUUUAUUUAUAAAAACUAGCAGACUAGCUAACAAGAACAUCAAUAGCUCAUUUAUAACUGCAUGGGUUAGAAUUUGUUGUGUUACCCUCCCUUAUAAUCAGUGUAUUCAUUCAAAAAGAAGGUGGGAAAUUGCACAAUCUUCAAGAGGCCUUCUUUGUUUUUAAAUUUAGCUGAAAUAUACUACAGGUUUAGUGCUGUGCUGUUCUAGAAAACUGUCCUGUUCAACACAACUGGCACCUGCUUGCUAGGCACACCACUAGUACCUACUUUCCUCACAAAGUUGUGAAAUAUGAGUUAACCUUAAAAAUAUUAAAAAUUUAAAAUCUUCAAUGUUUUACCAAUAUUUAUUAUUGUUUUUUUGUUUGUACAGGUGGCACAUAACAUGGAAACAGUCUUUUUGCAAAUGUAUUUCAGGAAAAUGCUUGUUUUAAUGUACUGAAGUCAAAUUUUGAUGAAAUUGGACUUGAUGUAUAUUAGGUGUAUUUUGAAUGAGAAACUUUCUCUGGUCUGUGAUAUCCAGUAUUUACAGGAAUCGCUAUUCACUGUUUUCUCUUUACUUAUAUGUAUUUGCUGUACAUCGCUGUGCUUUAUUAAGUCAUGAUACUGGUUUUGUAUUUUUUUAUGGAUUUUGAUUCUAAUAUCUCUGAAAAUAUAAAGUAUUUCUUAAAAUUUUUGGAAUAAUAUUAUUUCAGUUAAAAGCCAUAAUCUUUUAAUAAAACAAAUCCAUUUUCUAUUU